CUCUCAAACUUCGGUACAUUUUUGUCUUAAUCCAGUUGUUGCUGGGGUGGUUUUAGGAUGCAACUGCUGGGUGACAUCAGCCGGGAGGAACCGGGAACCACAAGUGGAAGUGAGAAGUGUCGGUGCAUUAAAUUAAGUUGCUAUCAACACUGAACCGAGGUGUUGGAGGUUAUGGUUUGGGAGAAAAGACUGUAAAUCCCAAAACUUCUUCUGCGUUAAGAUCUUUAUUUAAAAUCAUCAUCAUCUGUGUGUGUACCAUCUGCUUGGACUUUGGGACCAUUCCCAGCUUCCAUUCUUUUUAUUCCUGCUGUGGCACUUUGCAUUGUGUUCUUGUCACCUGUGCCCAACUCCACCUUGGAGCAGCCAGUUAAUAAGGAUGAAGCCACCUGCAUCAUUGGAAGAAAUGUAAUGCGUCUGCCUGUCCUGGGUGAGCAUCCAAAGUGGAUAUUGGAACUGAGGACCACUUGAGGUUAAAGUAUGCACAUGCAGUUACCGGCUACUAAUUAAACUGGUAAACUUCUGGAAUUCAAACUGCUCCAUCGCUGUCAGCAAAAUUCCUCGCCUGUCUUGGCUCAUCAGAAAUGGUUUGUAGAUGGAAAACUUAGGAACAGAACAAAGAAACUUAGGUCCUGGUGAGGAAUGAAGCCCUGGCACUCAACUUAGCAAUUCCUGAUCUGCCAGAAGGCUGAAUCCCCUGCCGAGAAAACGUCUGGAAGGAUAACAGAAUUUAGGUUUGGUUUAAAGCAGCUUUAAAAAAAAAAUUCUGUGCUUCUGGGGCUAAACAGUUAAUCAUUUGCUCCCCAAGGUUUCCAUCCUGUUCUUACUUCUGAACACGGCACUGUGUUUUCUUUCUGGAGUGGCUCCAAUCUGUGGACUUCACUAAUGAGGGAUGAACUUCAAAGGUCUUGGAUCUUGGGUUCUCUUCAGAUGCUGAGCUGAGAAUCUGAACCUCUGGAGUCAGCAGGAUUCCCAGGAGAAGUUCACCACCUUCUCAGGAGGUUUUGGGGUAUUGGCCUUCGUCCCAGUAGAAUUGCAAGCGGAAAGAAACACAGAGAAGACAUGGCUGACCCUUUAAAGUGACUGAACUUUGGAGCAAUGUCUCAAAUAGGUGAAAGGUUUGGAAGGAGGGGAGUCCCCGGCAUGCAGUAGAGCCUCGCUGGGGGAAAUGUCAGCUUGGACCAUGGGCGCCCGCGGUCUGGACAAGCGAGGAAGUUUCUUUAAGCUCAUUGACACAAUCGCCUCGGAGAUCGGAGAACUGAAACAAGAGAUGGUGCAGACAGAUGUCAGCCUGGAAAAUGGCCUGGAACCUGCUGAAACUGCCAGCAUGGUAAGACACAAGGAUGGUGGCUAUUCUGAGGAAAAGGAUGUGAAGAUCUGUCCCCGGGACUCUGGCUAUGACAGUCUCUCCAACAGGCUCAGCAUCUUGGAUCGGCUUCUCCAUACCCACCCCAUAUGGCUGCAGCUGGGUCUGAGUGAAGAAGAGGCAGCAGAAGUCCUGCAGUCCCAGCCUCCAGGGAUCUUUCUGGUUCGUAAAUCCACCAAAAUGCAGAAGAAAGUCCUCUCCCUUCGUCUACCCUGUGAAUUUGGAGCCCCACUCAGGGAGUUUGCCAUAAAGGAAAGCACAUACACCUUUUCCCUGGAAGGCUCAGGAAUCAGUUUUGCGGAUUUAUUCCGGCUCAUUGCUUUCUACUGCAUCAGCAGGGAUGUUCUGCCAUUCACCUUGAAGUUGCCUUAUGCCAUUUCAACAGCCAAGACUGAGGCUCAACUUGAAGAACUAGCCCAGCUGGGACUAAAUUUUUGGAGCUCCUCAGCUGACAACAAACCCCCAAACCCUCCACCUCCCCAUAGGCCUCCCUCCUCCUCCUCCGAUGGCAUCUGUCCUGCCUCCCUGCGUCAGCUUUGCCUUAUAAAUGGAGUGCAUUCUAUAAAAACCAGGACGCCUUCAGAGCUGGAGUGUAGCCAGACCAACGGAGCCUUGUGUUUUAUUAAUCCUCUUUUCUUGAAAGUGCACAGCCAGGACCUCAGUGGAGGCCUGAAGCGGCAGAGCACAAGGACUCCCAACUCCAAUGGCACGGAGAGGCCUCGGUCCCCCCCACCCAGGCCCCCGCCACCCGCUAUUAAUAGUCUCCACACAAGCCCUCGGCUGUCCAGGACUGAAACCCAGACGAGCAUGCCAGAAACAGUCAACCAUAACAAACAUGGGAACGUAGAUCUGCUUGGACCGAAACCAACUCCCAUCCCUCCACCCCGGCUGAAGAAGCAGGCUUCUUUUCUGGAAGCAGAAAGCAGCGCAAAGACCUUGACCGCCAGUCAGCCCGGCCUGGACCGGGAGCUGGAGCUGGGCACAGCUGGCAGCGCAGGUGGAGCCCCGCCUGGGGACGCCCCCGGGGAUUGCACAAGGGCCCAGCCUCCCAGCUCUGAAUCACGGCCCCCGUGCCAUGGAGGCAGACAGAGGCUGAGCGACAUGAGCAUUUCCACUUCCUCCUCCGACUCGCUGGAGUUUGACCGGAGCAUGCCUCUGUAUGGCUACGAGGCGGACACCAACAGCAGCCUGGAGGACUAUGAAGGGGAGAGUGACCAGGAGACCAUGGCACCCCCUAUCAAGUCCAAAAAGAAAAGGAACAGCUCUUUCGUGCUGCCCAAACUCGUCAAAUCCCAGCUCCGAAAGAUGAGUGGGGUGUUCAGCUCCUUCAUGACCCCGGAGAAGCGAAUGAUCCGUAGGAUCGCCGAGCUGUCCCGGGACAAAUGCACCUAUUUUGGAUGCCUGGUGCAGGACUACGUGAGCUUCCUGCAGGAGAACAAGGAGUGCCACGUGUCCAGCACAGACAUGCUGCAGACCAUCCGGCAGUUCAUGACCCAGGUCAAGAACUAUCUGUCUCAGAGCUCAGAGCUGGAUCCCCCUAUUGAGUCGCUGAUCCCUGAAGACCAAAUUGAUGUGGUGUUGGAAAAAGCCAUGCACAAGUGCAUCUUAAAGCCCCUGAAGGGUCAUGUGGAGGCCAUGCUGAAGGAAUUCCACAUGGCCGAUGGCUCAUGGAAACAACUCAAGGAGAACCUACAACUUGUGCGACAGAGGAAUCCCCAGGAGCUGGGAGUCUUCGCCCCAACUCCUGAUUUGGUGGAUGUGGAGAAAAUCAAAGUCAAAUUCAUGACCAUGCAGAAGAUGUAUUCACCAGAAAAGAAAGUCAUGCUGCUGUUGAGAGUCUGCAAGCUCAUAUACACUGUCAUGGAGAACAACUCAGGUAGGAUGUAUGGCGCUGACGACUUCUUGCCAGUUCUGACCUAUGUCAUAGCUCAGUGUGACAUGCUUGAAUUGGAUACUGAAAUCGAGUACAUGAUGGAGCUCCUAGACCCAUCACUGUUACAUGGAGAAGGAGGCUAUUACUUGACAAGUGCCUAUGGAGCACUUUCUCUGAUAAAGAAUUUCCAAGAAGAACAAGCAGCUCGACUGCUCAGCUCAGAGACCAGGGACACCCUGAGGCAGUGGCAUAAACGGAGAACCACAAACCGGACCAUCCCUUCUGUGGAUGACUUUCAGAAUUACCUCCGGGUUGCAUUCCAGGAGGUCAACAGUGGCUGCACAGGGAAGACCCUCCUCGUGAGACCGUACAUCACCACUGAGGAUGUGUGCCAGCUCUGUGCUGAGAAGUUUAAGGUGGGGGACCCUGAGGAGUACAGCCUCUUUCUCUUCGUCGAUGAAACGUGGCAGCAGCUGGCAGAGGACACUUAUCCUCAAAAAAUCAAGGCGGAGCUGCAUAGCCGGCCACAACCCCACAUCUUCCACUUUGUCUACAGGCGCAUCAAGAAUGAUCCUUAUGGUGUCAUUUUCCAGAAUGGUGAAGAAGAUCUCACCCCUUCAUAGAAGUCAUGUGGGACUUCCUAUGGGUGCAUCCAAAGGGGACCUGAGAGUCUGGCCUUCUGGUUGCCACAGGCUUGAGCUUGGAAGGCAGUCACCUCCUGGAGGACCCCUUGGUGCAGUGACUAAGCCAUCCACAGGCUAAUUUGACCCAGGGCAUCUUUGGCCACAUUGCCUAUGAAAGGUAGCUGAGGUUGACAAAACAGGAGGAUUCUCCUCCUACAAUGCAGAGUGGCAUUUCAUGGUUCAAGUGUCCUGAAAUUGUUUGCUACCUACUCCUAGCCAGGUUCUAGGUUGGCUUACAUGUGUGUAUAUGUGCUGAAUGAACUUUCAAGGUACAAGCUCUUCUCUUGAAUUCAACAGCGGGUGUUUGACAAGACUGUCCGAUGCAGUGCGUCAGGUACUUCUCAGUUCUGUGGAUGACUCCAUCCUUUAUUCCUUUUUACUUUUUUUUUUUCUUUCUUUAAAAAAUUUUACAAAGAGCCUUUGUGUUUUUAUAUAUUUCAUAGAAAUUUUUAUAGCAGUUGCAGGUAAACUGUCAGGAUUGGUUUUUAAAAUAUUUUUGUAACUUUAAAAUAUUGUAUAAUUAUGCAUGUGAUUUUAACAUUGAAUAUUGGAAAAUAAAUCUCUUGCUGGAUUUGAGAGUAUUUGCAUUUUAAAAGUCUCUCUUCUGUAACUGGAUGUUUUGGCAACUUUGUGGGGAGAGACUGCUGGAUUUCUUAAAGCAAUGUAUUCCUGACACUGGCCACAGAAUGCCUUUGGAAAUUUGAUGUACUGUUAUCUUGUUCACAUUUAGUGGUAUUGUGCUGUUCGUUUGUUCGUUUGUUUAAACAGGCGAUGCUGAGAAUAGGAGAGAAGUGAAUGUAGAGAAAGGUAGAGAGAGAAAUACAGACUCUAACAAAGGACUGAGGAGUGUAGUCUGCUGGUUCAGGCUCUGCAGGAUGUAGGAAAAGAGUCAGAAGGAACCACCUCUGCUUAAGAUACUGUAAAUAUGCAAUGAGAUUUGGCAAAAAUCUAUUCCAUAUGCUAUCUGCUUUUGAAAACAAUUGUGAAAAUCCCACAAGAAAAAAAAAAUCGAGGUUAGCAUUCCCUCCCUCCACAUUUCCACAUAAAUCAAAACUAACAGCAUCCAAUUAUUUGGGACAGAAACCAAGUAAUGUAUAAUGUGGCUUUCGUUGAGUUAAAUAAGAUGCUGUUGGGAAAAUAAUUUGAAAAUGCACCAAAAAAAAAAAAAAAAAAAAAAAACCCAUCUGCAUUGUAGAAUGUACAGUGGGUGGGGAUGCAACUCAGUGGUGGAGCACUUGCCUAGCACAUGCAAGGCCCUGGGUUUUGUCCCCAGCACCACCAAAUAAAUAAAUAAAUAAAUAAAUGUACAGUGAAGUUACAUGUAUGUUUUGUAAAACCAAUUCGGGGUGCACAAACUAGGAGGGUUGUAUCAAUGUAACAGAUAGUUACAAAAACAUGUUAUUGUACUGUGUAAAGGUGCAUGGUCAUCUGAUAGGGUGGGCCUUGUAUCUUGUACUUUUUCAGCCUUGGCUUUUGUUAAACUAGAAGACUCAGUGCAUACUUGUACUUUCUUUUGUAAAUGAUUUUUUAAAUGGAAUUUUGCACAUAAUACAUUGUAAUACUGUACCAUAAUCCUGUGUGAAAAUAAUUUUUGCUGUAUUC